AUGGUUACCACAGAUUGUUACCGAACGGUAGAGGUCGAGGUGCCGAUUAAUAUUGCACUUGUGAAAUAUUGGGGCAAAAAAGAUGAGGAUCUCAUCAUACCUAUCAACAACUCAAUUUCACUGAACGUUGAUGCUCUUUGUGCUCGUACUCGGGUACAAUGUUCUCCAAGCACUCUUUCCGAUUCGGUGACGAUUAAUGGCGUUGAAUUAGACCUGGACUCGAAGAAAAAUCGUCGUUUUCGGCAAUGUCUAAAUUGUGCCAGGGAACUAGUUCGACAGCGUUCCUCGUCAGAUGCAGGGCAGGAGUGCAGUUUUCAGAUCUCUUCGACAACAAACUUUCCCGUUGGCGCAGGUCUCGCAUCAUCAGCUGCAGGUUUUGCAGCCAUUGCCUUUGCAAUUGGCACAUUAUUUGAUCUUCCAGUUGCGGAUAUAUCAGCUCUAGCAAGAAGAGGAUCAGGAAGUGCAUGUCGGAGUGUGUACGGGGGAUUGGUGGAGUGGGAAGCUGGAAUGUAUGCCUUUCUGCAGCGUUUGCCUGAAACAACGUGGCCUGAGCUUCGCGUUGUUGUGCUGGUACUCGAUGACUCGGAAAAAGAGGUUGGUAGCAGUGAAGGUAUGCGACGUACGGUGCUGACAAGCGAACUGAUGCACCACCGUGCCAACGUUGUUGUUCCAGAGAGAAUCAGGAGGUUGAUUCACGCAUUCCAGUCACAUGAUUUUUCUGAAUUUGGACGCAUCGUUAUGGCCGAUAGUAACCAACUUCAUGCUGUUUGUAUGGAUUCAUUCCCACCUCUUAAGUACUUGUCGGAUGCAUCAUGGCAUGUCAUUAGAACAGUGAAUGAGUUCAAUGCUGAGAGCGGGAUUCGUGCAGCUUACACCUUCGACGCUGGGCCAAAUGCGUGCGUUUUUGUAGAAGAAAAAGAUUUGAAGGCAUUUCUAGAGCAACUUUGUCAACAGUUCGUUGUUGCUGAAGAUAUCGUAGCCAAUUUUUCACAAGCGGCAGGUGAUUUCAGUUGCAAAGCUGCUCCUAGGACUUCUUUUGCCAUUAAAAAUGUCGUCGUUAGUAAGGUUGGUGGACCACCGAGAACUGUUUCAUAA